AUGUCUAACAAUGUGGUAUCCCAAAAGAGAAUCGAGGCGUAUAUCGACUGUGUUUCUCCGUACAGCUUUUACGCGUUCACUUAUCUUUUCCGGAACAAGAAGACACUGGAUGCCCUAGGAGUUCAGGUAGAGUUCAUCCCAGUCUUUCUAGGUGGCAUCAAUGUGGGCAGUGGGAAUAAACCACCAUGGACGCUGCCGGCAAAGGCGGUCUACUCCAGGUAUGACGGAGAGCGAGCUCAGAGAUAUUUCGGAAUGAAGUUCAAAAUUCCAUCCUUCUUCCCCAUCGUUUCCCUCUUACCCCAACGUUGUCUGGUCUAUGUGAAGAGAGCGCAUCCAGAAAGAUACGAGGCUUUCUUCGACGCGUGCUUUAAGACACUAUGGCUGAACCAGAAAGAUAUCUCGAAACCAGGCAACUUGAAGGUCGCUCUCCUUAACGUGUUCGACGAACAAGAAGCCGAGGCGAUAAUCAGAGCUGCGGAUGAGCCUGAGAUCAAACAAACUCUUGCUGACAACACGACACAUGCCUUCAAAAACCUCGGCGCUUUUGGGUGCCCGUGGUUCUGGGUCUUCGACGGAAAGGGAAACGCGGAGCCUUUCUUCGGGAGCGAUAGAUUUCAUUUUAUGUGGCAAUAUUUGGAGCUACCACACCAAGGUUUUGAGCUCAUCCCGCCGACUCAAGUUAAACUUUAA